UCCUUCUCGUACUCCCUUCAAAGUUAGUAGCAGGCAGCCUAGGGGGAACUUGAAACAGUCUGACGGACAAAGGGGGAAAAGUCAUGUAGCCACUUCUGCGCUCAACAGAUAUGCAUCGCAAAGUAUGCGCUUUACGUUAGUUGGUGGACUUUUAGUCGAGUCUUUUCAUUCGAGAUUCUCCAAAACGAUGCCAAGUGAAAGUUAAGCGGCAGUUGCUUACGAAACUUUCAGGGACAAUGAAGACGAGUAGACGUUUCUGUCCGUUUUUGGCUGUGCUGCUGUCGUGCUGUGUUUUGGCGUCUGGACAAUAUCAUGGAGAUAAUGGAAUAGCUCUUCCCGAACACGGAUUCUGUCAGCCCAUAACAAUCCCGUUGUGCACGGACAUCGCUUACAACCAAACUAUAAUGCCGAAUCUGGUUGGCCACUACAACCAAGAGGACGCGGGGUUAGAGGUUCAUCAGUUUUACCCGUUAGUGAAGGUACAGUGCUCUCCCGAACUGAAGUUUUUCCUGUGCUCCAUGUACGCACCAGUAUGCACGGUUUUGGAAAAAGCCAUUCCUCCCUGUCGCUCCAUUUGCGAGAGGGCAAAGCACGGCUGCGAGGCCCUCAUGAACAAGUUCGGGUUUCAAUGGCCGGAGCGGCUGAGAUGUGAACAUUUCCCCGUUCUGGGAGACGGGCACAUUUGCGUGGGUCAGAACGACUCCACGGCCACGGUGUCGCCCGUUCAUAUGCCUAUACCGGGAACACCCGGUGUUCAUCUGUACUCGACGCCCGACAAACCUUUCCGCUGUCCGUCUAUGCUUAAAGUGCCAUCCUACCUCAGCUAUAAGUUUUUGGGUGAGUUGGACUGCGGUGCUCCAUGCGAGUCCUCCAAAACCCAUGGGGCUUAUAUGUUCUUCACUGACCAGGAGAUCGAAUUUGCUCGUAUUUGGAUUCUCAUUUGGUCCUCCCUUUGCUGUGCAUCCACAUUUUUUACUGUAACCACUUACUUAGUGGACAUGCAACGUUUUAAAUAUCCAGAGCGUCCCAUUAUUUUCCUGUCUGGUUGCUAUACCAUGGUCUCCAUCGCAUACAUUGCUGGCUACUUUCUGGGCGAUAAGGUUGCGUGUAAUGAGAGCUUUCUUCCUGAUGGCUAUAAAACCAUUGUUCAGGGUACAAAAAAGGAAGGAUGCACAAUUCUUUUCAUGAUGUUGUAUUUCUUCAGUAUGGCUUCUUCAAUCUGGUGGGUCAUCCUGUCUCUCACCUGGUUCCUGGCUGCGGGUAUGAAGUGGGGUCAUGAAGCCAUUGAAGCCAAUUCGCAAUACUUUCAUCUGGCUGCCUGGGCCGUUCCAGCCGUAAAGACCAUUAGUAUACUGGCCAUGGGACAGAUUGAUGGAGAUGUGCUAAGUGGUGUGUGUUUUGUGGGCCUAACUAAUCUGGAUCCACUGAGGGGAUUCGUGUUAGCCCCCCUCUUCAUCUACCUCUUCAUCGGCACCUCUUUCCUGCUCGCCGGCUUUGUGUCGCUCUUCCGCAUCCGCACCAUUAUGAAGCACGACGGCACCAAGACAGAAAAACUGGAACGUUUGAUGGUUCGCAUAGGCGUCUUUUCGGUUCUCUACACCGUCCCGGCCACCAUCGUCAUUGCUUGCUUUUUUUACGAGCAGGCCUUUAGACAGCACUGGGAGAGGAGCUGGAUCAGUACAAACUGUAAGAGCCUGGCCAUUCCCUGCCCCAUGCAGCCCGCUCCACACAUGACCCCCGACUUCACAGUUUUUAUGAUCAAGUACCUGAUGACUCUUAUCGUAGGGAUCACUUCAGGAUUCUGGAUUUGGUCCGGGAAGACGCUGCAUUCUUGGAGAAAGUUCUACACGCGUUUGACCACAGGCGGGCAAGGGGAGACGACGGUGUGAAUUCCUGAAUUUUAGGAAUACAAACUGAUAAAAUCACAAAUAUAAAGUGCCUUCAGUAUGUUUAAAGCAAUUAUACGUGCCCAUUUUCUGCAAGUACUGUUUGUCAGAUUCCAGACUUUUGGAGCAUUUUGGGUUCUUGGACUCUCAAGUGGAAAGAAUGUAAAACCAUCUUGGUUUCCCCAAACAAACAUGGCCAAUUUGAUACCAAGUGUUUUCCUCCCCCAGUCUGCACUCCCCCUUUUUUUUCUCAUAAGCUGCUGGCCAUAAAAACUCUACUUGGAAAGUGAGAUACCAGCUGGGAAUUCAGCAAAUGCCAGAGCAUGAAGGGGGAUGAAAGCCUGAAAAGGCUUGUCAUCUAAUAUGGCAGACUGUUAAAUGUACUUGUAAAUAGUUUUUGUAAAAAUCUGUAUUUGAACGUGAUUAUAUAUUUGUAUUUAAGCCAAUCUGCAUCUUUUUGUGUGUUUCAGCUAAAUAUUCCUGUUUUUUAGUCACCAUUCUCUCUUAAAAUUUCUUGCUCAUAUCAGUUAGCAUUCUGUACUCAAGUUUGUCCAUCUGUUUCAGAUUAAAAGUGCUGUACAUAUAACUUCCCUUUUUCUCCCAUGUAUCACUGCUAAGCCAUAUUUAGCACACCAGUAAAAGAAAAUUUCUUCCUGUGCUGUGUGUCGUAUGAGUGACUGAAGAGUAAACGCUGUUUUUCAAAAUA